AUGCUAUCUCACUUUGUAUCGAACGAAGAGGCUGCAGAUCUCAUGUCCGUGGUGUGGCUGUCAAAGUUAAUAUCUAUCUUCAUUGUCAAAGACCCCCAUACUCUACUGCCUCGACCUGCCAAUGUGUACGACCAAGCAGAAUAUGCCAUUCUCGAAUUCGUCGAUGGGCCCCGCGAUUCUCGAUUCAUGAUGACCGCUAUGGCGGUAGCCCGCGACCAGGCCCGGGGUGUUGAGUCUAGCGAUAUCACCAUGAUGAACGUUGAGAAGGUCACAAGUUCUGAAUCGACCCCAUCCUUCGAGACUCUAGCGUUAUUCUUCAAAAUCCGGUCUCGAGUCCUAAUCGUUGUCAUUAUGUUGCAGUUGGUCCUUCAAGAUCUCAUCUUCAUCUCCAGACACGCCAUCGCUUUCAAGUAUAGCGAGGUCAAUAUCCUCUGGUAUUUGCAUGUCCGGUGCAAUAGACUUAUCGGUUUCCUCGUAGUCCAUUUCAAAUUCAUGAGUGAGAUUGAGUUUACGCCUUUUGGCACUCGACUGAGGCGGUUCGGUAAAACUACUCAGCAAAGCAGUGUACGCCCUCACUUGUGGUUGGGUCUCUUCGUCAGAUUCGAGUCCGCUGAUGCUUUCGUCACCAGUGUUGGAACCUGGAGUUUCCAUGCCCACAUAUUCCCUGCGCUGCCCGAAGUUACCAACUUCCUCCAUUUGGCUCGGCCGCUAGCCCCCGCUACCGUCGGCAUGAACAUGUCCCUCUCGGCUGUUACUGUCAAUAUCCAACCCCAGGUUAUCCUCUCUGUCCUUGACCAUGCCGUACGUCGCGAUACUCGCGACACUCAGUCUCCCCGCGUCAUCGGCGCCCUCGUCGGUGUCCGUUCAGAAGAUGGAACCGAGGUGGAGGUGCGAUCGUGCUUCGCGAUCCCCCACACAGAAAAUGAGGAUCAGGUCGAAGUCGAUGUCGACUACCAGAAGAAUAUGCUUGCCCUUACCCUCAAAGCAAGCCCGAGAGAGAGUUUGCUUGGGUGGUACACGACUUCCCUCGAAUUGAAUUCGUUCUCCGCUCUCAUCCAGAAUUUCUUCGCGAGCCCCGAGACGGGUACCUUCCCCCAUCCCGCCGUCCACCUCACCAUAUCAACUGAUCCCGGUGCUACUAUUGACACCAGAUGCUACAUCUCAGCACCAGUGGCGGUGAAUGCCGAGAGUGCUGCGUCAUCCUGCCUCUUCAUUCAAGUUCCUCACAAAGUGCUCUACGGCGAUUCAGAGCGUGCUGCACUUGAAGCUAUCUCCGCCGCCAAAGAUACCGAAACCCGUUCUGCGCCUCUUGUUUCUGAUGUUGAGGCACUCGCUCGCUCUCUACAAUCAACUGUCGGUAUGCUAGAUAGUGUAUCGGAUUGGAUCAAUCGCGUUCUUGAUGAGGAAGACGAACCCAACAAUGCGCUUGGCCAGUUCCUCAUGAAUACACUCUCACUUACUCCCAAGGUCGACGCCGGCCAGAUUGAUAGAGACUUCAACAACCACAUUCAAGACGUCCUGAUGGUGGCGUAUCUCGCCAACACUAUCCGCACCCAAAUCGAGCUUUCUCAACGCCUGGCAACAUCCCCCUUGCGAGCGGCGAAAAGGAAGCCGAAGGUAAAACUGGUGAAAGUGGUGAGAAAGAGGGUCAGCGAGGACAAAGGGGACAAAAGAGAGGAGGCAGGGGUGGCGGCGGUGGUCGUGGUGGUCGGGACAGAGAACCUCGAGAGCCGCGCGAGAAUGCUGAUUAAGGUGCCAACAGAAAUUCCUGUGGGCGCGUAUGCUUGA